AAUUAACCCUCAAGCGGCUAAACAAAGAUCGGGUGCCUUUAGAAUUAAAAGUUCAUUAUUUUACUGAAAAUUAUCAACGGAAGAAAAAAAAUGUCAGGAUUACCAGAUGAACUGUGGAGACAAAUUCUAGAAAUCGGAAUUAAAAACUCAAAAUUUUGCUACAAAGAUUUAUGUUGCAUCUCAAUCUCAUGCCGCUGUCUCCGCCGAUUAUCCGGCGAAGACUCCCUCUGGUCCCACCUUCUCUCCACCGACUUCCCGCCACCGCAACAACAAAAAAACCCUAACCCUAAUCCUAACUCUAUUAAUUGCACUUCCACCGCAAAAUCCACUUACCAAAUCAAGUUUGAGAAAGAGAGAGAUAAGAAGGUGUUGGCGCACAAGAGAGCAGUGCUGAGAAAAGAAUGUGAAUUGUAUGAGAAGAAAAGGAAAUUAAGAGAAAUUGAAAAGAGUUUAUGUCAAGAGAGUGAAAAAAUGAAAGUUACUGCUAAAGAAUUGUCUAAUUUACACAAGAUCAGGCAAGCUUCUGUAGCUUUGAAUGUGUGGCAACCGGAGGUGGUUAGAGGUAAGCAAAAGCAAAUGGUGGAGCAAUGUUCUGUUUCUGUCGAGUCUCGAGUUCAUUCACUUGAGAUGGAGCUUAAGCUUUGCGAGCAACAAAUAUCAGGGUUCUUUAAGGCCCAUAUGAGAAGCAGCGGAUUAGGAAGGCAAGGGAAGAAUUGGCGUCUAUGCGAUAUCACCCUUUACAAGAUCAUGGCGCGACAAGUAGUAGAAAUCAUGAACAUGACAAAAGGAGAAAGAAGUUGAAAAAAUCUAUUGACUUUCCUGAGAUGCAAGGUGAAACAUCACGGGAAGGCAUCAGAUAAGAUUUAUUGGACUAAUCUAGUUAGCUAUCCCAACCGCUAAUUCUGGUACGUUCAACUAGACUUGUUCCCUGAAACGCUGGUGGACUUGUCUUGACGCGUCAUUCACAAACUCAGAGCAAAUGUUCCCUGGGCAGGUUAGUCAAGAAUGCGUGGGAUAAGAAAUUAUCAGCUAUCGUAGAGAAAAACCCAAUUUUCUUUCAAAUGUUAUUAUACUAAUUCUGUAAUCAUCAAGGAGAAAUUUACUCACAAUUAUAGUAGACAUCCUGCCUUGUAAUAUGUCCAUGCAGUUCUGGUUGAAUUAUUAGGAAAAUAUGUUAUCCUGUGUGAGCACAAA